AUGCCAAAACAUUUGUUCAAUAUUCUACUGGUUUUAUCAACCACAAUUGUAAUUAACAAUGUCUUAUGCGUAGAAAACAGUACACAAGGUAGUGUGGUUGGAAAUAGGGGGUUGGGGGACCUGGAUUUUUUGGAUAACAAAGGGAUAUUUGGUACAAAGAAAGCGUUUGAUCCUAAUUCCAUAAUGGACGGUAAGGGAAUGUCGAUAAGCGCAACUUCUCCCCCAGCCGUAACGGUCACACCCACAACGACACUAAAUGUCACUCCGAUACAGAAUCCAUCGGCACAAGAUAUACACUAUGAUACAUUCAAACAAAAUCCAUUGGAUUUAGCAGAAAGGAAAUUUGAAAAUAGUGUGGCGGACGAAACCAGCGGAAAUUUACGUAGGGGCACUAACGUACACUGCGGUACCACACAUAUAGCAGUCACUUGUGCCAAUAGAAGGCGUAAGAAGAGGGGAAGUGAGGCUAGUGAUGGUAGUGAGAUGGUCGAUGAAUCGCAGCAACUAGAUGAAUCACAACUAGACGAAUCACAGGAUGAUCAACUAGAAAAUGAUCAACAGGGGUAUUGA